CAGCGCUUCCAAACAGACAAGAUCCCUCUAGACUAUUAGUGGUUGCAUUCAUUAUCUCGCCUUCGCACCAAAGACACACAUCGGUGCUCAAAGAAAAAUAACAUGUCUCCUUCCGAGAACGAGUUUAACAUCCCGGCCAAAAAUUGCCACCGGAUGGUGAUUCUGGGCUCUACAAAAGUUGGCAAGACGGCCAUCAUCUGUCGGUUUCUGAACGAAAGAGUCGAGGACCAGUACACGCCGACCAUAGAGGACUUUCAUAGAAAAUUAUACUGCAUUCGGGGAGAUGCGUACCAGUUGGACAUUCUGGACACCUCUGGAAACCAUCCCUUCCCCGCUAUGAGGAGACUCUCUAUCCUUACUGGUGACGUUUUCAUCCUGGUGUUCAGUCUGGAUAACAGAGAGUCCUUCCAAGAGGUCCAGCGCCUGAAGCGUCAAAUUUACGAGACCAAGUCCUGCCUGAAAAACAAAACCAAAGAGAACGUGGAUGUCCCGAUCGUUAUCUGCGGGAACAAGUGUGACCGGGAGUUUAACCGGGAGGUUCAGAAUGAGGAGAUUGAGCAGCUGGUGGCUGGUGAUGAACAGUGUGCCUACUAUGAGAUCUCUGCAAAACGGAACACUAAUGUCGACCAGAUGUUUCAGACUCUUUUUACCAUGGCUAAACUGCCCAACGAGAUGAGCCCGGACUCUCACCGCAAAGUUUCCUUACAGUACUGCGAAGUACUGCAAAACAGCAGGAGAAAAUCUUUCAGAAAUAAGAAAUACAAAGACGGCGAGGCAUACGGGAUUGUGGAGCCGUUCGCGCGCCGACCAAGCGUGCACAGUGACUUGAGGUACAUAAAAGAAAAAGCUAUCGGCGGCGGACAGAGCAAACAGAGUUGCACCAUCAGCUAAGCAAUUUACUGACAAUGUGCAGGAUAAUUAUAACGAAAUAAAACGAUAGGAAUGAUACCCGCUAGGCUUCUCGCCAGUGUGCGGAGUUCAGGAUAACAGCACCCCAGGGCGCAGUGACAGAAACGGGUGUGUAUCCCAAACCAUGCCAGGACUCGCCGAGAAGGUGCAUGACAUGGUCAGUCCGUCAGAAAUGUCCCUGUGGAGUCAGGACUCUGAAAAGGGAUGUAGCUUUAGAGAACCUACAGUGAGGUAGCCUAUUCUUGUCAACAACAUGCUGUAAAAUCUGCCUCUACUGAAUGGAGAAUGGAGCCUUCACCAAUGUUGUGACUCUUGUUUACACUUAGCAUUUUAUUAUGUUUUACAUGGAAAUGAACUUGAACACUUAUUGCAUUCUGAACAAAUCUAUGAAUGUAUAUUUAUUAUUCUGUCAUCGUUUACUUUUUACAAAGAAAGAAACAUGAAGAGAAAAUAAAACCAUUUGACAACUAUA